AUUCAAUGGAAGUAUGUUACCAGCUGCCGGUGCUGCCCCUGGACAGGCCGGUCCCCCAGCACGUCCUCAGCCGCCGAGGGGCCAUCAGCUUCAGCUCCAGCUCCGCGCUCUUCGGCUGCCCCAAUCCCCGGCAGCUAUCACAGAGGCGUGGAGCUAUCUCCUAUGACAGCUCUGAUCAGACUGCGUUGUACAUUCGUAUGCUAGGAGAUGUACGCGUAAGGAGUCGAGCAGGAUUUGAAUCAGAAAGGAGAGGUUCUCAUCCAUAUAUUGAUUUUCGUAUUUUUCACGCUCAAUCUGAAAUCGAAGUUUCUGUGUCUGCAAGGAAUAUCAGAAGGUUACUAAGUUUCCAGCGGUAUCUUAGAUCGUCACGCUUUUUCCGUGGUACCAGCGUUUCGAAUUCUCUAAACAUUUUAGAUGAUGAUUAUAAUGGACAAGCCAAGUGUAUGCUGGAAAAAGUUGGAAAUUGGAAUUUUGAUAUCUUUCUAUUUGAUAGACUAACAAAUGGAAAUAGUCUAGUAAGUUUAACCUUUCAUUUAUUUAGUCUUCAUGGAUUAAUUGAGUACUUCCAUUUAGAUAUGAUGAAACUUCGUAGAUUUUUAGUUAUGAUCCAAGAAGAUUACCACAGUCAAAACCCUUACCACAAUGCAGUCCAUGCUGCAGAUGUUACUCAGGCCAUGCACUGUUACCUAAAAGAACCUAAGCUUGCCAAUUCUGUAACUCCUUGGGACGUCUUGCUGAGCUUAAUUGCAGCUGCCACUCAUGAUCUGGAUCAUCCAGGUGUUAAUCAACCUUUCCUUAUUAAAACUAACCAUUACUUGGCAACUUUAUACAAGAAUACCUCAGUACUGGAAAAUCACCACUGGAGAUCUGCAGUGGGUUUAUUGAGAGAAUCCGGUUUAUUCUCACAUAUGCCAUUAGAAAGCAGACAACAGAUGGAGGCUCAGAUAGGCGCUCUGAUACUGGCCACGGACAUCAGCCGGCAGAACGAGUACCUGUCCUUGUUUAGGGCCCAUCUGGACAAAGGCGACUUACAUCUGGAAGACAUCAGGCAUAGGCAUUUGGUUUUACAGAUGGCUUUGAAAUGUGCAGAUAUUUGUAACCCAUGUCGGACCUGGGAAUUAAGCAAGCAGUGGAGUGAAAAAGUAACAGAGGAGUUCUUCCAUCAAGGAGACAUAGAGAAAAAGUAUCAUCUGGGUGUGAGUCCACUUUGUGAUCGUCAGACCGAAUCUAUUGCCAACAUCCAGAUUGGUUUUAUGACGUAUCUCGUGGAGCCUCUGUUCACAGAAUGGGCCCGGUUCUCCAACACCAGGCUGUCCCAGACAAUGCUCGGACACGUGGGGCUGAACAAAGCCAGCUGGAAGGGACUGCAGCGAGAACAGUCCAGCAGCGAGGACGCUGACGCUGCAUUUGAGGAGCUGAACUCACAGUUAUUACCUCAGGAGAACCGGUUAUCCUAAACCGCCCCCCAAGUCAGUGGGCAGACUGCCUCUGGAGCUCGUUAGAAAUGUGAAUGGGGUCUUGAGGUGAGAGAACUUUACUCUCGGCUGCUGAGGGAAGUGAAUGACGCCAGCAUUAUUUAUUUCCAAGAUUUCCUCUGUUGGAUCAUUUGAACCCACUUUUUAAUUACAAGACCCGAACACAGCAAUAUGCAUUUGGCUUUCGUGUGAAACCUUGAAUAUGCAAAGCCCAGUGGGAGCGAACCGAAGGGAAUAACAAAGUUUUGCAGGAAGUUUUGCAGUGGCCCUCGUGCUUCUCGAAGCAUCAUGAAACUUGAACCGAAGCCUUCAGCAGAAAUCUUUGGAAUUUAACCCGUCUGAUGCAACAGUGUGUAUCUGUACCUUCCACUAAGUUCUCUCGGAGAAAAUGGAAAUGUGAAGUGCCCAGCCUCUGCGCCUCUGGCCAGACUCGAUGUUUACAGACCAACUCUGAAAUAUUGGUUCUCAAUCCGCCUUGGAGCACGAUUGUGAAGGAACCACUAAGAAUUUUAAAGAUCAAACCUAAACUGCAGCCCUUUCCCCCGGUUUGCCUUUCUUCUUUGGAUGCCACCAAAGCCUCCCAUUCGCUAUCCUUUUACUUUGUGCACUGGAAACUGAGCAUUUAUCCUAGAGUGCCGCCGAGCUUUCACUCCAGUGCUGUUGGGCAAUGCAAUUUUUUUUAACUCUUAGUUUUUAAUUUGGGGCGGGAGGGGCAGAACCCCAGUGUCCUAGCUGUAUUAUGAUUCCGCAGUGAAGACGUUGCAUGUUGUUUUCACUAAUGUACACUUGACCUGCACAUGCAAGAAAAGGGUGGAAUGUUUUAAAACACCAUAAUCAGCUCAGGGUAUUGCCAAUCUGAAAUAAAGUGGGAUGGGCAAGUGUGUCCUUCAGAGCAAGGGUACUAAAGUCCCUCUCGCUGCAGGGAGUGAGAGGUAUGUUGUGUGUGUGCGGAUGUGUGUGUGGGGCACGCUUGUGCAUGUGUGACUGUGCAUGUGUUCUAUUUAUCCACGUGGGAAGGAUUGGGAACGUCAGCUUUUAUUUAUUAUUUUAGAAUGUGACAUAAUGGGCAGCCACACGUGGGGAGGGGAAGGGAGGUCAGCCGUAACAGAUCGCUCCAGAUGCCUUAAACUAUGCACAAAGCUAAGUGACCAAACUUCUUGUUUUGAUUUGAAAAAAGUGCAUUGUUUUCUUGUCCCUCCCCCUUUGAUGAAACGUUACCCUUUGAUGGGCCUUUUGAUGUGAACAGAUGUUUUCUAGGACAAAAUCUAAGGACUAAUUUUAAACUUACAACAUUCCACUUUUGUAAUUUGUUUUAAAAUGUUUUAUGUGUAGUAAGCACAACUGUAAUCUAGUUUUAAGAGAAACCGGUGCUUUCUUUUAGUUCAAUUGUAUUUCCCUUGUUACUGUAAAGGACUGUUUAUUAAUUAUGUUUACAAGUUUGUUGCAACAGUCAUUCUCUUGGGAGAAAGCUUGAGUGUAAAGCCAUUUGUAAAAGGCUUUGCCAUACUCAUUUUAAUACGUGCCUGUUGCUGUUAACUUUUGACGAAUAAAAACCUAUCUUUUCACAUUUUCAUCUUUGAUAUUUACCUGUAAGUCAGUCCGUUGGAAACCAUGACACUAAAUUACUAGGGAAGCAAAGAAUUCGCUUGUCGGCUCCGGCAUUCGCUCGCUACACGUUUGUUCAGGCAGAGCUGGGCGCAGGCGGAGUCCUGCGGGCUCGUGUGCUGCCUGCACCUCACGGGUGAGCAAGCUGAGGCCGGGAUGUAGUGGACAGAGUCCUGACAGCCGGGAGAAGUCGGCUCUGAGCCCAGCCUCUUGACUCCACAGCCCUUUGUUCCCACGGCGGGAACCUCAGGCCUUGCAGAGUCUUUGAAAUCUGGCGUGUAUUUUAUGCUUACAGCACGUCUCGGUUCGGACCAGCCAUGUUUCAGGUGCCCGGUCUCCACAUGUGGCUCGUGGCCACCACACUGGACAGCUGGGUGCAGAAGUCCAAGGGCUAUGUGGGGAAGGCAGACGUUCUCGGGAAGCCAAACGACGAUCAGCCGGUUGCUUGAGCAUGGAUUCUGAGCAAGGGAAGCAAGUCACCUCACGCAUCCUGCAGGGACGUACCUGCUGCUACUCGUUUGUGGACCACGGCUCCCCUGAACGAGGCUACAGCUUCUCCGCCAGGAGCUGCUUCUCCACGCCUGCGUGAUUGGCACAUCCAGCAGACAGACCUUCAGCCUUGCAUCAGUUGAGCCUGCCUGGGCUCCAUCUGCCAGUGUAUGAUUGCUUUCUUCUUCUCUGACCUGUUACAUGUUUCUCACUGUUGGAUAUUCAGAGGAUUGUCUUCUUAUUGCCACUCUUCAGGGGGAGACACCUGAGCGUUGCUCCCAUCUCCUGCCUACACAUAAAAUAAACCCACUGCAAAGCUAUCAGUCUACCAUCAUGAGCAAUUAUGUGGAAACUAGUCUGUCGAUGGCGAAGUCACGUGGUCACAGUAUCCGAGUUCCUGUUGUGUGCAGAACUGCACUGGAUGUAAUAAAGAAGGCAGUCUGCUCCGGAGCUGCGUCAGAGAGAUCAUCGUGCAGAGUGUCACGUGCUCUCCACCGUCACCGAUCACACCUGCUUCUCACCCUUUUUCAUCCUCUGAUAGCAAGCAUGACUGGCCAGUGAAGAGGGACGGCUCCUAGGCCAUGUGAACAGAAAGCUGUUCACAACUCUGGUAAAAAUCCUGUUGUGAAGAGUGUCUUUCUCCCCAAAUUACGGCUUUUCCAGCUGGGAAGACAGUGGUUAGGAGGGACAGGACUGCCCUGUAGCGGCCACAGCAGUUUGGGAUGGAAUGGGAGGUGCUAUUUGGAUCAUCUUCUUUAGCUUCCUGGUAAUGUCUAAAUUACACUCGUGUUAUUCUCUCAGCUUAGAGAAGGAGCUCUCUGACCUUUAGAAGAGGCUGGAGAAUCUUCCAGGGGAGAGAAGUUUGAGAAGCUCCAGCUAGAGGAACAUUAAGUUUUCCAGCCCCUACCAAGUGGACUAACGACAACAGCUUUCGGGGAAACAUCCAAGAUUUCUGGAUCCUUCCAUGGAUCUUUAAGGUACAUAUGGGGAGAAGUGAGUGUUUGACCAGAGAUCACAGGACAUGGAAUCAAAGAAACUAAGGGUUGAGUCCUGACCCUCUCCACACUGUUUCAGCUUCCUGCCCACCCCUGGCACUGGAUGGCACUACAGUGAAAACGGUUUCCAUGAUCCUUGACUUCCCUCUUUAAAGGAAAGCAUGUAAUUUCAGCAGCAAACAUUAUCUGGUUCCUACUCAAACUCCAUCUCCAAUCCAAGAAAACGUGAGAGAGAAUCUAACAUAAAAAGUUCUGUUCAAGGUGCACACAGCUGAAUGUGUUGCAGCGUGCAGCAGUGAACUACCAGGCUGUACUUGGAGAGAACUCUGCCCAGUACUCACCAACACUCUUUCGGAGGUGCCCUCUGAUUCAGACUUUGGAAUUCCUUUUUCAACUUCACCUUGGCUAUCACAUCGAUACCGGUAAGCAAACUUCUUUCUCAGAGCCUCUGCUAUGAGGGCAGCAGGGUCAGCAGCAUCCACCGGUUUGGGCUUCGUGUCUUGUGCUGACCUGAGAGAAAUGAACAUGAACCGAGGGGGCGCUGAUCCCUCCAGAAAGCACACGGGGAGCCUGGCGGCAUUUCCCUGGCAUCAAUACACGUGACAAAGACACUGACACAUACUGAUGCGGCGAAGUGGAAAACCUAGAUUUAAAGCUCAAUGAAAGAGCACAAAAGUGCCCAGUAACAGUCCCUCCGGUCCUCUCAGGAGCAGAGAUUAUGUGCUCCUUCAGGGAAAUUAGGGUUCCAUUCUUCUCCAAAAGCCUGGUGACUACCAUAGCAGGGAUGCAUACAGCUUCACUGGAUGAAUGACUGCACAGUAAUGAAAAGCCUUCAAAUGCAGUUGGGGGAGAAACUGGAAAGUUACCUGCAAGUGUUUAUUCUGCUAAUCUCUUAGGCUCCCGUACACAGUUAACUGUCAUUUUUAAACUAAAAACUUAGAGCUACUCAUGUAGUCAUGUUAUAAAACAAAGUUCGCAAGAAACCUAGUACUUGGGAGAUCGGUUCAAGAUGGCACAGUAGAAGGACGUGCUCUCCCUCCUGCAAGAGCACCAGAAUCACAACUAACUGCUGAACAACCAUCGACAGGAAGACACUGGAACUCCCCAAAAAAGACAGCCCACAUCCAAAGACAAAGGAGAAGCCACAAUGAGACGGUAGGAGGGGCGCAAUCACAAUAAAAUCAAAUCCCAUAACUGCUGGGUGGGUGACUCACAGACUGCAGAACACUUAUACCACAGCAGUCCACCCACUGGAGUGAAGGUUCUGAGCCCCACGUCAGGCUUCCCAACCCGGGGGUCCGGCAACAGGAGGAGGAAUUCCUAGAGAAUCAGACUUUGAAGGCUAGUGGGAUUUGAUUGCAGGACUUCGACAGGACUGGGGAAAACAGAGACUCCACUCUUGGAGGGCACACACAAAGUAGUGUGUGCAUCGGGACCCAGGGGAAGGAGCAGUGACCCCAUAGGAGACAGAAGCAGACCUACCUGCUAGUGCUGGAGGGUCUCCUGCAGAGGUGGGGGGUGGCUGUGGCUCACCAUGGGGACAAGGACACUGGCAGCAGAAGUUCUGGGAAGUACUCCUUGGUGUGAGCCCUCCCAGAGUCCACCAUUAGCCCAAAGAGCCCAGGUAGGCUCCAGUGUUGGAUGACCUCAGGCCAAACAACCAGCAGGGAGGGAACCCAGCCCCACCCAUCAGCAGACAAGCGGAUUAAACUUUUACUGAGCUCUGCCCACCAGAGCUACAGCCAGCUCUACCCAUCACCAGUCCCUCCCAUCAGGAAACUUGCACAAGUCUCUUAGAUAGCCUCACCCACCAGAGGGCAGACAGCAUAAGCAAGAAGAACUACAAUUCUGCAGCCUGUGCAACAAAAACCACAUUCACAGAAAGAUAGACAAGAUGAAAGGGCAGACAGCUAUGUACCAGAUGAAGGAACAAGAUAAAACCCCAGAAACCAACUAAAUGAAGUGGAGAUAGGCAACCUUCCAGAAAAAGAUUUCAGAAUAAUGAUAGUGAAGAUGAUCCAGGACCUCGGGAAAAGAAUGGAGGCAAAGACUGAGAAGACACAAGAAAUGUUUAGCAAACACCUAGAAGAAUUAAAGAACAAACAGAGAGAUGAACAAUACAAUAACUGAAAAGAAAAAUAGAAUAGAAGGAAUCAAUAGCAGAAUAACUGAGGCAGAAGAACGGAUAAGUGACCUGGAAGACAGAAUGGUAGAAUUCACUGCUGUGGAACAGAAUAAAGAAAAAAGAAUUAAAAGAAAUGAAGACAGCCUCAGAGACCUCAGGGACAACAUUAAACGCAACAACAUUCGCAUUAUAGGGGUCCCAGAAGGAGAAGGGAGAGAGAAAUGACCCAAGAAAAUAUUUAAAGAGAUUAUAGUCAAAAACUUCCCUAACGUGGGAAAUAGCCACCCAAGUCCAGGAAGCACAGAGUCAGGAUACAGGAUAAACCCAAGGAGAAACACACCAAGACACAUAGUAAUCAAACUGGUAAAAAUUAAAGACAAAAAUUAUUGAGAGCAGCAAGGGAAAAACAAGUAACAUACAAGGGAACCCCCAUAAGGUUAAUAGCUGAUUUCUCAGCAGAAACUCUACAAGCCAGAAGGGAGUGGAAUGAUAUACUUAAAGUGAUGAAAGGGAAGAACCUACAACCAAGAUUACUCUACCUGGCAAGGAUCUCAUUCAGAUUCGAGGGAGAAAUCAAAAGCUUUACAAACAAGCAAAAGCUAAGAGAAUUCAGCACCACCAAACCAGCUCUACAACAAAUGCUAAAGAAACUUCUGUAAGUGGAACACAAGAGAAGAAAAGGACCUACAAAAACAAACCCAAAACAA